AUGGUGACGGGCUCGGCGCUGGGAAACCGCAGCCGGGACAGAACCGCGCCGCCGCCGGCCCCGCGCCCCUCGGUGCCGCCGCCGGGGCGGUGCGGCGGGGCGGCGGCGGCGGCGGUGCUGGCGGGGCUGUGCGCGCUGUGCUACGGCAACUCGCUGCGGGGAGAGUUCGUGCACGACGACGUCUGGGCCAUCGUCAACAACCCCGACGUGCGGGCGGCCGCUCCCGUGGCCGCCGCUUUCGCCAACGACUUCUGGGGCAAGCGGAUGGCGGAGAACACCAGCCACAAGUCCUACCGGCCCCUCUGCGUCCUCACCUUCAAGUUAAACAUCUUGCUGGCUGGAAUGAACCCCUUGUAUUUCCACGCAGUGAAUGUAAUUCUACACUGUCUGGUGACUCUCGUGCUGAUGUAUACUUGUGACAAAGCUGUGUUCAAGGACUGUCGACUUGCUUUUGUCACAGCGCUGUUCUUUGCUGUGCAUCCCAUUCACACCGAGGCUGUAACAGGUAUAGUAGGCAGAGCGGAUGUCCUCGCCUGUCUACUCUUUCUGUUGGCUUUUCUCUCCUAUAAUAGGAGUGUGGACCAGCUUUAUGUUGGGGAACAUUUCCCUCCCACUGCCUCCCCAUUCUUUUUGCUGCUUAGUUUAUUCCUUGGGACGUGUGCAAUGCUCGUGAAAGAAACUGGAGUCACUGUGUUUGGUGUGUGCUUGGUAUAUGACUUCUUUUCCCUCUCCUGCAAUAGCCUCAAACUGAGGAAUGGGGGCACCCAUACAAGAUCUGUCCGGCAGCCUGCAGCUUCACUCCCUGCCUCGCUGCCAGUCUCAUCUCGGGAGAAUGGGAAGCAUCGCUUCGCUCACAGGACUGCCUGGAGCUCCUGCCACCCCGAGGAGCCGCGCAGCGGUGGCCUUCCUGUGACCAGCAAAGCUAUCUGGGCUAUUCGCAGCUACCUGACUGCAAAUAACAAUGAGAAUUUCUUGUACACUGCAAGACCUUUUUUGAAGAGAGCUGCUUUGGUAAUAAGCUAUGUGAUUCUCAUUUUGUAUUUCCGUCUCUGGAUAAUGGGAGGAUCCAUGCCAAUGUUUUCAGAACAGGACAAUCCAGCUUCAUUUUCACCCUAUUUGCUGACGAGGUUUCUGACUUACUCUUACCUCCUGGCCUUCAACGCGUGGCUUCUGCUGGCACCCAUUACUCUGUGCUAUGACUGGCAAGUCGGCAGUAUCCCUCUGGUCGAGUCUGUCUGGGAUGUGAGGAACUUGGCCACUGUCUUCCUGGUGCUGGUGCUGGUGUUACUUAGCCUUCACUGCCUAGCUGCAUUCAAGAAACUGGAACACAAAGAAGUUUUGGUUGGCUUGUUGUUCCUGGUUUUCCCCUUCAUCCCAGCCAGCAACCUCUUCUUCAGGGUGGGAUUUGUGGUGGCAGAGCGAGUCCUUUACAUGCCGAGUAUGGGGUACUGCAUCCUUUUUGUCCAUGGUCUGAAAAAGCUGACUACGUGGUUAAAUAAGUGGCGAAUUACUGUUCUGACUCUCUUUGCUUUACUGCUGCUGCUGUUCUCUUGGAAGACCGUGAAACAGAAUGAAAUCUGGCUCUCCAGAGAGUCCCUGUUCAGCUCAGGAGUGAGGACUCUACCCCACAACGCCAAGGUGCACUACAACUAUGCCAAUUUUCUGAAAGACCAAGGCCGUAAUGUGGAAGCGAUCUACCACUACAAAACUGCUCUCAAACUGUACCCUCGCCAUGCAAGUGCUCUCAACAACCUGGGGACACUGACCAAAGACGUGGUGGAGGCAAAGGACUACUAUAGACGGGCCCUUCAGUUAAACCCGCAGCACAAUCGAGCUCUCUUCAAUCUCGGCAAUCUGCUCAAGUCUCAAGGGAAGAAGGAGGAGGCUGUAAUCUUACUGAGGGACUCCAUCAAAUAUGGCCCAGACUUCGCAGAUGCCUACUCAAGCCUGGCCUCACUGCUGGCUGAACAGGAACGGCUGAAGGAAGCAGAGGAGGUCUACAAGACCGGCAUAGAGAAUUGUCCAGAGAGCUCCGAUCUGCACAACAACUAUGGUGUUUUCUUGGUUGAUACUGGGGCUCCUGAAAGAGCUGUGUCCCACUAUAGACAGGCCAUCCACCUGAGCCCCACGCACCAUGUCGCCAUGGUCAACUUGGGCAGGCUUCACCGCUCCCUAGGUCAGAACAAAGAGGCUGAGGCAUGGUACAAGCGGGCACUGAAGGUAUCCCGCAAGGCUGAAAUCCUGUCCCCGCUGGGGGCUCUGUACUACAACACAGGGAGAUAUGAAGAAGCUUUGCAAGUUUACAGAGAAGCAGCAUCACUGCAGCCUUCAAACAAAGAGACCCGACUGGCUUUGGCCCAGGUAUUAGCAAUGAUGGGGCGGACGAAGGAAGCAGAGAAGAUGACAAACCAUAUACUUGAUGAAGAUGUGGAGUGCCUGGAGUGCUACCGCCUUCUGUCAGCCAUCUACAGCAAGCAGGAGCACUAUGCUAAGGCACUUGAAGCUAUAGAUAAAGCUCUUCAGUUAAAGCCAAAGGACCCGAAAAUCAUAUCAGAGCUCUUCUUCACUAAAGGAAACCAGCUGAGAGAACAGAAUCUCCUUGAUGAGGCUUUUGAGAACUAUAAACGGGCUGUGGAGCUCAAUUCUGACCAAGCUCAGGCCUGGAUGAAUAUGGGAGGCAUUGAGCACAUCAAGGGAAACUACAUCACUGCCCGUGGCUACUAUGAGAAAGCUUUGCAGCUGGUACCAAACAGCAAGUUGCUAAAGGAGAAUCUGGCCAAGCUCGAUCGCUUGGAGAAACGGUUUCAGGAAGUCCAGGAGAAAGAUCAGACAUAGCAUUCAGUCACACCAGUGGAAAGAAACUUGUACACCUUGGAGAAGAAUGCGGUGGAAGCCUAUUGCUCAAAGUGACACUGAAGGAAUUUUGGCAGGACUCAGAGUUACGGAAGGCAAUUUUUGAAUGCAUGCUUACGUUUGAUCAAAUAACAGGAGGCACUCUGCUCCUGUGGGACAUGCUGGAGAAUUACUUAAAACCUUCCUUUAAUCCAGAUUUAUGUUUAGGCUGAACCCAUUUUAAUCACACCGUGAGUGGUGGGACAUAUGACUCCAAUAUCAUGGUUAUCACUAGGGAAGCCAUGGGGACAAAGCACUCAUUCAUUGAAGCAGGGGUGAAGUAGCACCUCCUGUUCCUCAACACAGGCUGACCUUGUCCACAGAGAGCACCACUGAUGAGCUUUGUUGCAAAUGCUGCCAGGUCCAUCUGGGCCAGGAAGGAUGGUCCUAUAGGUCACAUAAAAAGGUUUCAAAGGGUUAAUGGUAAGGAAAUGGUGGCCACUGAUACAGCUCUAAAUGUGACUUGAAGAUGAUUCUAAAGAAAGGGAAAGCAGUAUCUGAAUACCACCCUAGAAGGAUAAUUGAACAACAGGGCCAAAUGACCCUUUGAGGAAAAACCUCAGUGGAAUGUUUUAUGCAUAUGAUAGUCAUUUUGUAAUAAUUUGGGUACAUGAUAUCAGUAUUGUUAAAUACCAUGUAGCUUUACCCUUUGCUCUCUCCCUGCAGGACAAAUAAAUACUAUCCUGCAAAAGUGUGGAAGUAUUCAAAUGCAGUAAGAAACUCUAGGAUUACUUGUCUUCCUGUCCAGUCCCCAGCAAAAACAAAACAAAACAAAACAACAACAAAACAAAAAACAAUAAAACUGAUUGGUGUAGGAGGUAAAGUAAAGCCGCAGAAUGAUUAGGGAAAUUUUGGCAGGCUGAGAAGGUACUAAGGAGGCUUUUAUGGGUGUGCAGGGACAAAGCCCAUUCAUCAUGGUGAUAACACUGACAAAACACUUUGUCAGAGCAUUCUCACCCCCCCCCCUAAGAGAUGCAGAAAAUAAGCUAUAGCUAAUCAGUCAUAAAUCUCUAUUUUUAAAUGCUGAAAUGGAAAAACAAGUUCUCUUCAGAAUUGGGGUUUUUAUUUUUGAGCUUUAUUUAUUUAACUUAUACUCAAAUGAUUAAUAUAUUUUCUCUGUUUUAUAUCAAUUGGGCAGUGUCAUUCACAGCUGGGCACGUGGCUGGGCUUUGUCACUUGUAUCGUCUGAAGUCAGAAAAAUGCAGCACCACUGGAGUGUGCUUGAAUAAUUCCCCCUGAUGAUAAUUCUAGAGUAAAUGGCUGUGGAGCACAUUGGGCCAAACUUCAUCACAGUAACAGCACUGCUGCUCGUUCUGUUCGUACCAGUUUAGAGAAAGCAUGAAUGGUUGGUGGUGUUGUACUUGGUGGUCCUGCCUUUGGAUGUUGACAUCAGGUAGGUCACCAAUUUGUUCUUCUUGCUGCAGAAAACUGCUCUAAAACAUGUAUUGGAGCUUGGUUGUGCCCAGUCCCUGCAGAGUGGCAGCCCAGGGUUUGGCAUUGAUGCAUGUCUUGUCAGGAAGAGCCUGUGUGGCAGUAUGUUGCCCAGGUUUACUUAGUGGUGGUCAUGACAGCCCUGUGCUGGCUUCACUGGCUUAAUUUACAAAACCCGGUGUCUUGCUGCUGCUGUUGGCCAAAUUAUUGAUGUAAAGCAGCUGCAUUUGAUGCUGAGAGGGAAUCCAGAGCAGCAUAAACAUCUGCUCUGCUAUAGCCUGGGGAGCAGCUAGAGUCAUGGAGAGGCUGGAGUUGUGAGGUGCCAGGCCCUGCAGCCCAGUAAGGCCAAGAGCAAGGAGAUCAGCCAGUGCUUGCAGUUGGGCAGAGGCCAGCUCCUCAGGUUGGUGGGAGGAAGAGGUCAUUGGUGGGAGAAGGUGCUGACCUAUUUCUGGGCUUUAUUCCUUCAAACUAGCUUUGUUAAUCCCAAAGGAGCAGCUGGGACCAAGAGCAAGCCUCUCCCUGGUGGGUUAUUCCUCCUCCUUGCCUUUAGAGGGUGAGGCUGGGUUUGAGGGCUUGGGGAUAGAUCAGCAACAGCUCUUGUCUAGUUGCACAACUUUUAUAGCCAUAGACUUAUUGACCUAACAUUUCUGCAAGUUCCCAGCGCCAGUGCUGCACUUGAUGCCUUGCAUGGAGUAGCUUUGCACAGCCCAGGCACUGCCAGGGAUCCUACUAGCAGAAUCCUGUGGGAUGCUGCGUGGGGAAACUAGCACACAGAUGGCCUCUGAGAGCUAUUGGUCUCCACCAUGCAUAGAAGAGCUGUAGAGGGUUCAUAACCAAGAUAUUCAGAGGUACCGACACCCAGUGAAGCAGGGAAUGGGCCAGGGCAGAUGUGUAUCAUCCAUAAAGUUUGUCUCAUAAAGAUAUAUUAGAUAAAUACUAUAUAUUCUACAAGCUGCACAAUAGUGUUGCUUUAAAUUGUGGCCAAUCAAACAUAUUUUUUCAAAUAAAAAAAAAAAAAAUAUUUUUUAUAACAGGGCUUUGUGAAGGGAUGAUUCGGUUUUGUGUUUAUAACUUUAGCUAAAAACUUCAUUUGUCUUUCUUGAGAGACCUGGUACAAAUGUCUUGUUCUCCUAGAAUCCAAUCAAAGCCAUCUUGGCCUCCUAAAGCUGCUGCACAUGUGUAAGUACGAUAAGGCUUUGGGUGCCCCCUCCCAGGUCCUGGGAAAGGAUUACCAUUUUGGUAAUGCUGUCUUCCUUGCAGAAUAAUCUAGAAAGAUCAGAUUCUCCUUCCAGUGGAGGAGGCAGGUUGGCUGGAAGGCGUCUCAUGUUCAUCCAGUCUCUUGAAAGAGGCUGUAGCAUGUUCAUGUAGAAUAAUCCCAGCUGAACUGGUUAUGUUUCUGUGACUGUGUUUAUGGUAGUUACUGAGAGAAGAAGGGUGGUUAAUGACCCCCAGAUUCCCAAAGCAGCACUUUAUACCCCAUCUAUGCAGGGUGAUGGUCUGCAAAUUGGCAGAAUAUCUGGAGAGUGAUUCAGGCCAUGAGCUACCAAAGCAGUUAAACGCUUGCGAAGUUUUGAGCUGACUCCCUGUCUCAUUGGCUCCCAUCUAAGAUGCUGUGUUUAUUCAGGACAUUAAUCUUGUAAAAGAUUUAUUGCAGGUAAAGAAGAGCAAUGGAAUAUAAUACGAAAUGGGUUACCUCCACCAAAAGAGAGUACGAUUGUGAAAGAUAAAUAGAGCGACUUACUUUGUGAUAAAGUGGGUAUUAUCCAAACUUAUCAUAGGAAAUGUCCUCUUCUUCUAGCUCUGCAUGGCUCAUAAAAUAAUGAAUUAUAAAUACAUUGUUUUCUGCCAACUGCGGUGCUCAGCAUGGUUAGCAGAGAUUACAAAUUAAUAAAUGGCUGAAGCUCCAUGUAGUGGAAGGGAGUUUGUGUAAGUUGCGUUGGCUAAACCUCAAUGCUCACCAAUAUUAAAGUGGAGAAUUAGCUCAAAGCUGAUGAGACGGCUCCUGUCUAAUGCUCACUGUGCAUUUUAAUCCUAAAUGGAAAACAUAAUUGUGUUGCUUUUUCCUUUCUCCAUGAAUAACAUUUUCAGCUGAUGGAUUUUGUUUUACUUUAUUGCUUAUUUAAGGUCCAACAUUCUUUGCUUUCAUUCCUUUUCCAUCCCUCAGGACAAAUGAUGCAGUGGAGGGGAUAUUUUAUCUCUCUCAUAGAUUGCUUGGACUUGACUUUCCUAAAAAUGUGCAGGCAACCUAAUUUUGGCCACAGAGUACGUGAAUGCAACAGUGAAAAUAGCCUUUGUUCCAGAGGUCUCCAUGAGGAUGGAGGGUGUGUGCAUGCAAGCAGGCACGUGAGUGUGAAAAGUCAAAGUUGAAUAAUUCAAAACAAAGAGCCUAACUUGGAGGGGAAACUGGACACUCCUUGAACUAUCUAAACAAGCAUCUCAAGCAGUUACAAAACCAAGCCAAAGAUGGUGUACAGUAUUUGGUGACGGAAGGUAAUAGUCAUUUUAAUUUUAAUGAUUAGGCCUUUUGGAAUGCAAUUGUAUGAUUUUUUGCACUGUUUGCCCUCCAAACUGGUGAAGCAGUUGGCAUGUGCUUAAGUCUCCAAAAAGUAUACGUGCAUUGAAUUGGGCAAGUACUGGAUUGCUGUUAUUCAUGUAUGAGAUAAUGUACAAUCUUUGGAAAAACUGAGCCCUUGGAGGCGUUUUCUCCCCAAACUUCACUUUCUUGCAGCAAUUUCAAAAUGCACCAUUUUGCUUUCACAUCCAUUUUAAACACAGCAACAACAACAACAACAAAAAGGAAAAAAAAGAGCUCGGCAUUCACUCGUGUUUCAUUGUGGCCAAGUUGCUUCAGAUAAUCUUGGUAACUCUGUGCAGAAGUCCAUUGCCAUGUUUGUACUGACUUGCUGAAGUUUUUCUUUUGGAAAAUACCUGCGGUGAUAUCCUAUGUAAAAGUUACAGCUUCUACAACCGUAUUGCUGUAGAAAUCUCUGCCCAAAGUGGAUGUCACACACGCUGCGUGUUCCUCUGUGUGGGAGUUGUUUGCGUUGGCUGUUGUUCAUAUGGUUCUUAUUUCUGUAUCUAAUUUUUUGAGAUCAGUUAUGCAUAUCUUUUCAAAAGAAAACAAGAGAACAGCCCGUGGAUUAGAAGUCUUUUACAAAUCAAUUCACUCUCAGCAGCUGGAUGUAUGUCAGUGGUACAGGAAUUUGCAAGUCUUUGCUUUUCUCGCUGUGGACAUACAGCUAGAUUUCACAUACAGGAGUUAUGCUCAAAUUUCUUUGCGAAAGAAAAUGUAUGUAAAUGUCUAUUUUAUA